UUGGUUAUGUUUAUGUUUGUGCUAUUUGCCGAAGAAGUAGCUCCAAAGAUGAUUCUGAAAAUUUGAAUUAAAUCAGUGAAAAUGCGUCUUAUAUUUGUGCUAUACUGCUUUCUACAUGUUAAAUCAUCAACAUUUGCUAUCCAGGAGGACACUUUCACAGAAGAAUUACUAAUUAAACCAUUGUUUAGUGAGCAAGUCUAUGCACACUUUCAGUUCGCUACCACUUGGAACAUAGACCCCAAAAAUGAAAAUUAUCACCACAGUCAUUUAUUCCCAAGACCAAUAGGUGAAACAAUAGAGCGACUCAACAUCCAGGAACUUCACAUCAGCUUGACCGGAGGCCUUUGGCGAUACGAAACGUGGGGCUAUCCAGUUGUGGACGCAGCACCUGGAGCAGAAAUUUGGGCCUGGUUUAAGCACAACACCGACAAUGUCGAUACAAAUUGGAAAUUACUUUCAAACUCAUUAUCUGGACUUUUAUGUGCUUCAUUUAAUUUCGUUGAUGGCUCUAACACUGUCAGUCCGCAGUUUUCUUUCCGGCCCAGAGGCAUUGUGGAAUCAAGCAAUAACACAUUUUUAAGAUAUGCAAGUUUGCCUCGUGAAAUAGUCUGCACUGAAAACUUGACCCCCUUCAAAAAACUACUUCCGUGUGAAUCAAAAUCAGGCCUGGCUUCUUUACUAAACUCCGGCUAUAUUCACAACACCAAAUACCAUUCCGUAAGUUUGCAUUUGCGUCAAAUUUGCGCAACAGAAGCUUGCGAUAAAUUGGCUCAAGAAUUGCAGUUAUCUGUAUCGCUGGUUUAUGACUAUGCAAUUAUGGGUACUAAAAAUUGGUCGUUCAAAAAAUUGUUCGGGCAUGGUUUGAAUGGCAACUGCCCUCUGGCGAGUAGAAGUAAUAUUUUUGUUGAUUUGUCUAGUAAAACUUCUCACGAUUUCGAGUUAACACCCGAACCAGAUGAUGUUAUUUAUUCAAUAAGAGGUGGUCAAGAACAAAUGUUUGCAAAAUAUGAUAUUCCACCUUACUUUUUAAGUGUCGGUGCUAAAUAUCAAAAUAAUCUCGAUUUUAAUGUAAAUAUCCCACCGCCAUUGCAUGCCUGCCAAUAUUUAACAGGUUACGGACAAGAAAGAGGUGGCAUAGUAACCGAAAUUUAUAAUAACCACUGGAAGAGCCUGGAUAUUGUUUUAUUGCAAAAUAUUGCUUGGUUUGUGCCUGUUUAUCUACACACAUUGAAAAUCGUUUCAAAUAACAACCAAGUAAUUGAGCCAAGUGUUUUAAAGUAUGGGCCAGGAAAGCAACGAGAGAAACCUUAUUAUUUAGAGGUUGUUUUGAAAUUACCUCCGCGUUCCCUAACAAAAAUUUCCAUUGACUUUGAUUAUGUUUUCUUAAAAUGGCAAGAAUAUCCUCCAGAUGCUAAUCAUGGCUUUUACAUAGGCUCAGCCAUAAUAAGCAGUUAUUUACCCUUGGCUAAAAAUUAUACAGGAUUGCCACAAGAUGCCUCAACAAUUACUGGAAGCUUUAAUGCUUCCAGGGUGGGUUAUUUAGUGCAAAUUCGUACGGAAAAUAUGGUCAUUACUUUGCCAACGCCUGAUUUCAGUAUGCCUUAUAACGUUAUUUGUUUGGCGUGUACUGUGGUGGCUUUGGCUUUCGGCCCUUUGCACAAUAUAACUACAAAACGGCUUAUUUUGAAAAAGAAGAAUCGUAAAAAAUUGCUGGAAAGGUUGAAAAAUAAGUUUGUAGAGAAGUUUUUUAAAAAGAAGGAGGAGAAAUCAGAAAAUGAUAAAAAUGAGUGAUUUUUUUAUAUUUUGUUUUGAUGUGAUUAUUUAUUUAGUUCCAUUUUGAUGCUUUUUUCAUUACCAAAUACAUAGGAUUUAGCAGA